AUGGCAGGUUCAUCAGAAGAGGGACAAGUUAUCAGCUGUCACAGCGUUGAUGCAUGGAACGAUAUCCUUCACAGAGGCAAUGAAUCCAAGAAACUGAUUGUUGUGGACUUUACUGCUUCAUGGUGUGGACCAUGUCGUUUCAUUGCACCAUUCCUCGGUGAGCUAGCUAAGAAGUUUACAAAUGUCAUAUUCCUUAAGGUGGACGUGGACGAACUAAAGUCUGUUGCUCAAGAUUGGGCUGUUGAGGCUAUGCCAACAUUUGUGUUUGUGAAAGAAGGAACGAUUUUGGGCAAAGUGGUUGGAGCAAAGAAAGAAGAACUGCAGCAGACAAUUGAGAGACAUGUGGCUUCAUCCAAUGCUUAG